UGCUCCUUAUCCACUGGCAAACAAGGUGGAAGGGGUGGGGGCGCGAGGAGGUCCAUGGCGAUGCAAGGGGCGGUGGCCAUCCAUGGCGGCCUCCCUGAAACGGAGAACAAGAAGGCAGACCUCGUGGGCGCGUGCUCAGCGUCUCCUAAGACGGGAAAUCAGCAGGCAGAAUUUCGGUUUCUCGCUACUUUUCGUGCUCGUGGCCACUAUUCUGGGCAUCCUACUAGGCUUUUUCAUGAAGAGAUGAGCUUGUGUAAUAAACUAAUAAUGCAGGUUUUUUCAGUUCUCUGUCAAGACCUGAAUAUAAUACGUGCUCCCGGUCUUGUUAAACAUAUGUACAACUCAUGGCCUCUUAUCUUAGGAUCUGGUGCCUCUUAUAAUUUUUUAAUUCAUAUUAGCUGCUGUAGCGAGUCAAUAAGUAGCCUGUCACCCUAAGCUCUUGGUAUUUGUCAGCUUGUUAGUGCCCCGAUGGUUUAGCCUAUUUGAUUAGGAAAAUAUUACUGUAUGGCUAAUUAUUUGCAUCUUU